AUGUUGCUCUCUGCAGGCGCACGUCCCAAACGCAAGUCUAAGAAGGUGUUAGAUCCAGACUUUCAGUGUGAAUUGCCUUUGAGUGCGUUUCUUCACGACGAUAUCAAUAUCAAGGAGCAAAGUAAUCCUGCGACGUACGAUCAGUCUACCAAACAGUCAACUCUGUCAUCUAAACCCAAGUGUGCUGCAGCACUUUCAGCUUCCUCAUCGCCCAUCACUAUCGACGAUACUGCCUCGUCUGCUCUCUCUUUUGAUCAGCAGCUUCAGCUGGUCCAACUCAAGAAGGAUAAGCUUGAAUUGGAAUUGAAAGUACUCUCUAUAAGCUGCCAGGAACCCCCUCCCGAUAACACGCUUGCAGAUCGCUCUCUUCAAGAUGCUGCGGAAACCACCAAGCCUCAAUGCAAUAAGCCUAACAUCGAUUGGCCACAGGAUUUUGUUCCUUCUAUUCAAGGUGAAUAUGAUAAAAUAGAACUGCCUGAAUUCAUUUCGGUUUUUUUGAUCAUGAUAAAAUCCUAUGAUACGGCAUCAAAAGAUGCAAUGCUAGCUCAUCUCGAGUUACUCACAAUCAAAGCAAUUAGCUACUCGUGGGUUGGCGUUCGUGCUUUUCACAAAUUUAUCACGAAACAGGUCAAGCAGCAUCGUUUUUGGAUUGGAAAGAUUUUAAGUCUAUUCAGGAUCAGGCCACCACUUUUUUCCGCCAUUCAGAUUUACGUACUUCGCACCAAUGCACAGCCGAGGACGCUUGGCUAUCUUCUAACACUGCCUCCACUGGCAAUUAUUCACAAGCGGUUAAACCCUCUGUUACCAAGGCUUGUCGAGCUUGGAAUUAUACCAGCGUUUGCGACUGUGAUCAGCAAGUAG